AUGUUUUUAUGUGAUACAUCGGACACAUCAACAUCGCAAAGCAGUCUAACUGAGAAGCCAAAGUAUCUCAAUGGAGGAUAUGGAUGGGUCGUUGUUGGUUUUAGCUUUGUUCUUCAUUUUAUCGCCGAUGGACUUUCAUUCAGCUUCGGUGUUUUGUUUCCAAAGAUACAAGAGCGUUUUGAAGCGAAGCGUUUUGGUGCGAGCUCUGUAGCUUCCUUAUUCUUAUCUCUUCCUCUACUUCUUGGACCUAUCGCAGGAUUUAUAACGGACGUCUGUGACUGCAAGUAA